ACUACCGCUUACUCAUUGCGGAAAACGUGAAAGAAACUUCUAUUGCCGCCUGUCUGCUACUAAAUUGAUUGUUUUUAACUAAUAUUAGCGUGUGACUGCAAAUAACAUCACUUAAAUAUGCAACCACAAAUUGUGCUCCUCAAGGAAGGCACUGACACGUCGCAGGGCAAGCCUCAGCUGGUGUCUAACAUCAAUGCGUGCCAAAUGAUUGUGGAUGCUGUGCGUACCACUUUGGGUCCGCGCGGAAUGGAUAAAUUGAUUGUGGAUGGCAAUGGUAAGGCGACAAUUUCCAAUGAUGGCGCUACAAUUAUGAAACUGCUUGAGAUUGUCCAUCCCGCUGCCAAGACACUGGUGGACAUUGCUAAGUCACAGGAUGCAGAGGUUGGAGAUGGCACAACAUCUGUAGUGUUACUGGCGGGCGAGUUCCUAAAGCAGGUGAAACCUUUCGUAGAAGAAGGCGUGCACCCACGCAUCGUAAUCAAGGCCAUUCGAAAGGCGCUGCAGUUGUGCAUGGAUAAGAUAAACCAAAUGGCCGUACGCAUCGAGAAACAGUCAAAGCAGGAGCAACGUGCUCUGCUAGAGAAGUGCGCCGCAACGGCCAUGUCCUCCAAGCUGAUACAUCAGCAGAAGGAUUUCUUUUCCAAAGUCGUUGUGGACUGCGUGCUCUCGCUGGAUGAGCUACUGCCACUAAACAUGAUUGGCAUCAAGAAGGUAACCGGUGGCUCCUUGGAGGAGUCCCAGCUGAUUUCUGGUGUAGCUUUCAAAAAGACUUUCUCAUAUGCUGGCUUUGAGAUGGCUCCCAAAUCCUAUGCUAAAUGUAAGAUUGCCUUGCUUAACAUCGAAUUGGAACUAAAAGCUGAGCGCGACAAUGCCGAGAUUCGUGUAAACAAUGUCAAAGAGUACCAGAAAGUUGUGGACGCCGAGUGGCAAAUACUCUACAACAAAUUGGCCAAAAUUCACGAGUCUGGCGCCAAUGUUGUGCUCUCCAAGCUGCCCAUUGGCGAUGUGGCCACACAGUAUUUCGCCGAUCGUAACAUGUUCUGCGCCGGCCGUGUGCCCGAUGAGGAUCUCAAGCGCACGAUGAAAGCAUGCGGUGGUGCCGUUAUGAGCACGGCCAAUGAUAUCGAUGCCAAGGUGCUCGGUCUAUGUGAACACUUUGAGGAGCGUCAAGUUGGCGGCGAACGCUUCAACUUAUUCCAAGGCUGUCCGAAUGCGAAGACCAGCACGCUUAUACUGCGUGGAGGCGCUGAGCAGUUCUUGGAAGAAACUGAGCGUUCACUGCACGAUGCCAUUAUGAUUGUCCGUCGCACAAUUAAGCACGACUCGGUAGUUGCUGGCGGCGGUGCCAUCGAAAUGGCUUUGUCCAAGGUGCUCCGCGAUUACUCACGUACCAUUGCUGGCAAGGAACAACUGCUGAUUGCAGCGAUUGCCAAGGGGCUGGAGAUUAUACCGCGUCAAUUGUGUGACAAUGCCGGUUUCGAUGCGACCAAUAUUCUUAACAAGCUGCGUCAGAAGCACGCACAGGGUGGCCAAUGGUAUGGUGUUGACAUCACCAAGGAGGACAUUGCCGACAACUUUGAGUUGUGCGUGUGGGAGCCAUCUAUCAUCAAGAUAAAUGCGCUCACUGCUGCUGCAGAAGCCGCUUGCAUGAUCCUCUCCGUGGAUGAAACAAUUAAGAGUCCCAAGGCCGAUGCGCCACCAAUGGCAGGAGGUGGUAUGGGAAUGGGUCGCGGCAUGGGCAGGCCCAUGUAAAACAAACCAACAAACACAAAUACACACUUUAAAUAGAGGAACAACUUACAUACUAAAACAUAAAACACACAAUCAAAGCGUUCGCAAAUUUCACUUGCAUUUCUCGUAUAAUUUAACCCACGUACACAACAUGUAUUAUUGGUUUGCAGGCUUCUUUGUUGCACCAAUUGUAUAACUGACCUAAGUCUACAAAUGUUUAAUAAAAAGGAAACAUGUAUUUUUCAUAACACACUCAUAAAAUCAUGUAUAA